AUGGGCGAAAAUCUAAUCUGCAGGCAGCGGCAGGUGGUGCACUACUUCCCCAUAUUCCCCGCCCCCUUGAUGAUCUCAUCUACCAUCGGCAUUUGCAUAUGGAUCCAUUACACUCAGACCAUGAUUUUGUCCAUCACCGCCGCACUGGUCAUCGUGGCCAACACCGCCAACGCCAACAAUUCCUUUGUGCUCAGCCAGUCCGUCAUCGCGACCUCAGUGCUGUUCCCCAGCUACAACGCAUCAUCUUCGGGCUGUGUCCGUGAGGUGCCUUGCUGGAGGCUGAGCUGGACCAAUUGGUACACGUUACAGAACCAGGACACGGUGGGUGUGUCUGUUCACGCUGCGCCCUACCCGUACUACCCCGCCACCUGCGUGGACCUCGGGGUGGUGGAGACCACGUAG